AUGCAUCCCCAGCAUGCCCAACAGCAGCAACCGCAGCAGCAGCAGCAGCACCAGCACGCCCAGCAGCAGCAGCAGCAGCAGCACCCCAGGAGCAGCAGCAGCACCCCAGGAGCAGCAGCAGCACGCCCAGGAGCAGCAGCAGCAGCACCCCCGCAGCAGCAGCAGCAGCAGCAGCGCCCCCCGCAGCACCCCGCGCAGCACCCCGCGCCGCAGCAGCAGCAGCAGCAGCAGCAGCAGCAGCAGCAGCAGCAGCAGCAGCAGCUGACCAGCCGCCCCAGCGCUCGACGUCCCACUCCAAAGAGUAGAAGUGAAGAAACUCCAGAAAAAGAUGACUCAGCAGCAAACUGCGCUGCGCCUCAGCAGCAAAGAGGCUGGGCGCCAGGUGUACGUACAGCAGACACAUGCAGAACAGCAGGUAAGACCCCACACCGCCCCGGUAGGUCUCCCCCAGGUUCCGCUGCAGCAGCAAACCGCACGCCAGCAGCAGAAGCUGCAGCAGCAGCAGCGCAGCAGCAGCAGCAGCAGCAGCAGCAGCGAGCGCGGCGAGAAAGGCAGCCGCGGGGGCUGGCUGAGACGGGAGCAGCGGCGACGCGGUGCAGCAGAAGCUGCAGCAAGACGAGCAGCAACGCCUGCAGCAGCCGCUGCAGCUAA